AUGUUGCUGCGCGGAUCUCUCUUGGCACGGCGCGGCUUCGCGACUGCUGCACCUUCACGUGCAUGGGAGCCUAUUGAGGCCAAAUGGCAGAAGCGCUGGGCGCAGCAGGAGCUGUGUUCGCCUUCACCCAAUAAGAAGAAGCCGUAUUACUGCCUCUCCAUGUUCCCGUACCCGUCGGGCCAGCUGCACAUCGGCCACGUACGUGUCUACACCAUCAGUGACUGUAUGGCACGUUUUAAGCGUAUGCAAGGAUACGACGUGCUUCACCCCAUGGGAUGGGACGCCUUUGGGCUGCCGGCUGAGAACGCGGCUAUCGAGCGUGGGAUCUCGCCGGCCGACUGGACUGAAGCCAACAUUGCACAGGCGAAGAAGCAGCUCAAGGCGCUGGGUAUCCGCUUUGACUGGGAACGCGAGGUCACCACAUGUGCACCUGACUACUACAAGUGGACGCAGUGGAUCUUCCUGCAGAUGUUCAACAAGGGACUUGCCUACCGCAAAGAGGCACUCGUGAACUGGGACCCCGUGGACAAGACGGUGCUCGCCAACGAGCAGGUGGAUGCCGAAGGCAGGUCCUGGCGCUCCGGCGCUAUCGUUGAGCAGCGCUCACUUAACCAGUGGUUCUUGCGCAUCACCGAGUACGGAAACCGACUACUGGAUGACCUGAACAAGCUGAACAAGUGGCCGGAUGCCGUUAAGCGCAUGCAGACUUCGUGGAUUGGUCGAUCAGAGGGCUCACAGGUCGAGUUUCGGGUCGCGUUAAACGCAGAUGCGAAGGUGAUCCCAUUGACAGUCUUCACCACGCGCGUUGACACUAUCUUCGGUGUGAGUUUUGUCUCAAUGGCUCCUGACAGCAUUGAGGUGGACAGUAUUAUUUCUCAUGUACCAGAGGCACAGCGCACUGCUGUCGAUGAAUACGUCGCCAAGGUACGAGCCAUGAGCAAAGAUGGCAGAAGCAAAGGUGAUACGACGGCUGGCGUGUUUACGGGACUUUAUGCGCGCCACCCGCUUACGGGUCGUCAUGUACCGAUUUACUUGGCCGAGUAUGUACUGGCCCAUUACGGCACCGGUGUUGUCAUGGGAGUUCCUGCGCACGAUAGCCGAGAUCUGGCCUUCGCGCGCCACCACAACCUCGAAGUGCGCUCCGUGGUUGAAAGUUGCAACGAAGUAGACUCCAACGAAGACGAAGUGUUUACCGACCAUGGAGUGCUGCGCGACAGUGGCGAGUUUUCUGGAAUGACUUCGCAGGAGGCGGCUGCAGCGAUUAACGCUCGCCUUGAAGACGAAUAUAUUGGUCGUGCCACGACUCAGUUCCGUCUGCGUGAUUGGCUUGUGUCCCGUCAGCGCUACUGGGGUACACCUGUGCCGAUCGUCCACUGUCCGUCGUGUGGGCCGGUUGGCGUUCCUACUGAACAGCUACCAGUGGAACUUCCGCCUGUGGGCGAGGAUGUGGCUGACGACCUGCGUGGCAAGGGAAGUAGCGACUCUCCUCUCGCCCGUAUCGCUGGAUGGAGGCACUGCAAGUGCCCGAGCUGUGGUGGCGAAGCCGAGCGCGACACCGACACACUCGACACGUUUGUGGACAGCUCAUGGUACUACAUGCGCUACUGCGAUGCUCGUAACGACGCAGCUGUAUUUAAUCCCGAGCAGGCACAGACAUGGCUGAAGCGCGCGGGUGUGGAUCUUUAUAUUGGCGGCAUCGAACACGCAAUCUUACACUUGCUGUACUCGCGUUUUGUGACCAAGUUCAUGUUUGACCAAGGCUUGCUGGCCACGGAUGAGCCCUUCGCACAGCUCCUAGCUCAGGGAAUGGUGCUCGGUCGCACCCACAAGUCUCCGGGUUCGUUGCGACCACUGGCACCGCGCGAAUACGAAGAGCUGACGGAGGAUGGCCGCAGGGUUAUUGUUGAAAAAAAGACUGGAUUGCCUGUUGUGACGCAAUGGGAAAAGAUGUCCAAAUCGAAGUACAAUGGUGUCGAUCCUGAGCAAAUUCGUGCCCGCCACGGUGCCGAUGUGACGCGUCUCGCGGUGCUUUUUAAGGCCCCCCCUACUCACGAGCUAGAGUGGGAUGAGGCAGACCUCGCAGGUCAAUCGCGCUGGCUUGCUCGCAUUUGGACGCUGCUGGAUGAGGACGAGAACGAGCUUCGACAUGAACUGCAUGGGACGAUCAAGCGUGUGACCGAGGCACUGAACGACUUCCAUUCGUUCAACGUUGCUAUCGCAGAACUGAUGAAGCUGUCGAACCUGCUUGGCGAGCGUCGCACGCAGCUUCAGGAUUCUGCCGCUUAUGAGGAAGCUCUAUCGGCGUUAGUCCAGAUGUUGGCGCCUUUGGCUCCCCACACUGCUGCUGAAAUGUUUCAGGCUCUGCACGACGGAGGUGAAGCAGUUGAUGUGCAUGCUUACACAUGGCCAACCUACGACCCAGCAAUGCUAGACCGUGCUCAAGUAAAGGUAGUGCUUCAAGUGCAAGGUAAGCCACGCGAUACUAUUCUCGUAGACCCUGCUCUGCUGGAGGCUCAGGAUUCGGAUGGCGUGUUGGCUCUGGCUAUGGUCUCUCCUGCGGUUCAACGCCAUUUGCAGGGUCGCGACGUAUGUAAAGCCAUCCUCGUUUCGCCCAAGAAGCAAGGUGCUCAUGGGCUGCUAAACAUUGUAGCAAAAUAG